CAGCGCCGGAAGCUAGUGGCGAGGCAGCGACGGAGGAGUGGUGUGUCUGCGGACCCAGUGAGUAACAAUGGACACCCAGAAGGACGUUCAACCCCCAAAGCAGCAGCCAAUGAUAUAUAUAUGUGGAGAAUGUCACACUGAAAAUGAAAUUAAAUCCAGAGAUCCAAUCAGAUGCAGAGAAUGUGGAUACAGAAUAAUGUACAAGAAAAGGACUAAAAGAUUGGUGGUUUUUGAUGCUCGAUGAACACAAGAAUGAAGGAAUAUCUUCGUUUGUGCCGACAUUGGCCGCUUAGUGCAUCUCAGUACUGCAGAGUUCUUGGUUUAGCAUACUUAUAAAUACAACUGUGUGCAUGAGAUUUCAUUUUAGAAAUGAGAGUGUAUUUUAAUGCUUUGUAUAAAGAAAAUUUUGGUUCAGUAUGUGGCCUGUAUUAUACCUGUAAUUUGAUACAUAAAGCCUAAAAUUGCCUCCUCAAAACCACAUUUUUAAUCAAAGCCUUGUUAAAAAUGCAGGUUUCAGGCUGGCAAGAUGCCUCAGCCAGUAAAGAUCUUUGACACUAAGCCUGAUGACCUGAGUUCAGUCCCCAGGAUGUACGUGGUGAAGAGAACCAGCUCUCGGAAGUUGUCCUCUCUCUCUCUCUCUCUCUCUCUCUCUCUCUCUCUCUCUCACACACACACACACACACACACACACACACACAAA